UUCACGCUGCUCUGGGUUUAUGGGUGAAGCCGGUUUAAUGAACAGCUGAUUUGAAUUCUUCACGGAACAUUUUUCAAUGUUAUGCGGUAUUGAAGUGCUUUUUGCAGCAUGACAGGACGGAGAUAUGAAUGUUAAAGUCACGGAGUGAAUGAUGGCGUCAGGAUGGCGGCAGCCUCGAUCAGUUAGAGCUGCUUUACUCUUUAACACCACCCUCAUCAUCCUCAUCAUCUUCAUCAGCACCGGCGCAAAGACGCACACCUGUGACCAUAAAGUGCCCCUGCCAACAGAGGUCAUACAUAAAGUGUUUUUGAAGCCAGAUAGAUUGACCAAAAGAAGCACUGACCAGCUGUUAAAGAUCCAAAUAGAGUAUGACUCCAGCUUGGAUGGGUUAGAUGAAGCCAAAAGCAGCCUUGUGAAGGAUGAGCUCCUCCCACAGGCUAUUGAUUAUCUUCAGAAAGCCUUCAGGGUUCGUAGACAGUCAGGUCCAAUAUUACUGAGCAGACAAUGUGCAACCAAUCAGUACCUUAGGAAAAGAGAUGAUCCACAUCGCUACUGUCAGGGACCGUGUGCAGACAUCACCAAGUGUGGCCCAGUCGUUGUCCCUGAACAACAUUUGCAGCAAUGCAGGGUUUGCAGUGAGUUUGGCAAGUCCUGUGGCCCCGCUGGUCCUCCUGAUGGUGAGGGGGUGGUGAGGGCUGAUUUUGUGUUGUACGUGAGUGCGAUGACCACAGAGCGUUGUGGACAAGAAAACAUCGUAGCCUAUGCAGCGUACUGCCAGCUGGAGUCUGAACUGGACAGGCCCAUCGCUGGAUAUGCCAAUCUGUGUCCCAAUAUGAUCUCUACUCAAGCUCAGGAGUUUGAAGGGAUGCUGUCCACAGUCAAACAUGAGAUCAUACAUGCCCUGGGUUUUUCUGCAGGACUCUUUGCGUUUUACCAUGAUGAUGAUGGGAAACCUUUGACACCACGUUCUGCAAGUGGUCUACCUGCAUACAAUGAAAGUUUAGGGUUAUAUCAAUGGAGUGAUAAAGUCAUCAGAAGAGCUACUCGGCUGUGGGACAUCCGUGGAGGCCACAUGGUCAGACACACGGUCCAUCUUCUGGCCACCCCACGUGUGGUUGAGGAAGCCAGGAGACAUUUUAAUUGCCCCAUUCUAGAGGGCAUGGAACUGGAGAACCAGGGGGGUGCUGGCACCGAGUUCAACCACUGGGAAAAACGUCUGUUAGAGAAUGAGGCAAUGACUGGAUCUCAUACACAGAACAGAGUGUUUUCCAGAAUUACUUUGGCCAUAAUGGAGGAUACUGGGUGGUACAGAGCCAAUUAUAGUAUGGCAGAGAACUUGGAGUGGGGAAGAGGUUUGGGUUGCGACUUUGUGAUGAAAAGCUGUAAAUUCUGGAUAGACCAACAUCGCCAUACGAGGCCAACCCUGAGCCCGUACUGUGAUUCUGUGAGGAGCGCACCUCUGCAGCUCACCUGCAGGCAGGACCAGCUGGCAGUGGCCGUGUGCAACCUGCAGAAGUUUCCUCAUGCGCUUCCUGCAGAGUAUCAGUACUUUGACCUUAUCCCUGGUGUCCCUGAGGAAGAUUUGCCAGCAUACGGAGGGGCUGUAGAGAUCGCAGACUACUGUCCUUUUAGCCAGGAGUUUAGUUGGCAUGUAGGUGGGGAAUACCAGCGCAGCUCUUACUGCAGGAUACAGGAGAACCAGCCAGCCACAUGGAGAAACUAUGGGGUGGAACAGUAUGGCCCGGGGUCAGUGUGUCUGUACCAGAAGUCACCAUUUGUAAUGGAGCAGUGCACCAAAAGAAUGACCUACCCAGACUGGGGCAGUGGUUGCUAUAAGGUGUCUUGCACAGCCCAAGGGUUGUUGGUCUGGGUGCAGAAUGAGUCCUAUCCAUGUGUUCGUACUGGUCAGGUGAUCAACGUGAGCAUACGAAUGAAUGGAUGGGUCUACAGUGGACAGCUCAUCUGCCCAACCUGCUCUGACUUCUGCAGUGUCUGCCCCCUCCCUCAUGAGAUCCCCCCUCAAAACACCACCAAGAGUGCCCACUUAGAUCCUUGUUCCAGGUCUUCUUGUUUGGUGGUGAACUUAUGGCAGCUCUUGUUAACUCUUACUCCACUGCUGAUCGGCUUCCUCCUUUGUGGCCGGGACUGAAUUUGUUCAUGGUUUAUUGGGUGAAAAAGUAGUCUACACUUCCAUAGUGUGGUCUGUGAUCUGAUAACUGUUCUCUCUUUGUGGCAGUAUGGCCUGUAGGUGGGAUUGAAAAGCCAUUGAUUGCACUCCUCCUUGCCUGGCUGUCAGGUGCCAGCGAGCUGUUGAUCCAAUGUGAAGCCAUAGUCAUGCAAGUUAAGGUUAUGUAGGUGCUAAUUAAUGUUCUCUUUGUCUCUCUGAUGGACCUGUAGCAUUUUGGGUCAUGAAAUAGGCAUCUGGUUGAGUGAUGAGAGAUAAU